CAAGUGUGGAAAUCCUGGUAUUUUGCACAACGGUUACGUGAAAGGAACCAGCACUCGCUUCGGCACCGUGAUUUAUUUCAGCUGCCUCGAAAACAUGACCUUUGUUGGGGAAUCUGCUACCACUACAUGCCAACACGAUGGAACGUGGAGCCAUCCGGUUCCCAAAUGCAUGGCUCCUUGUUCUGUUCCUGUCAUCGAACACGGCAGAGUGACAAAUUAUGCUCCUGAUGACAAAGUGGGACACGGUAAUCACACCACCGUCGAUUGUGUGGCACAAUACGAAUUGCGUUACAACAACACCCCUGCCACUUGUAACAACGGCUCGUGGACGCACAUUCCUUCUUGUAUACCAGCCCGUUGCAAGACAUUACCCAAGAGACCAAGACACGGCAUGGUUAUAGCGCCAAAAACUGACCACGGCAUGAAGGCCUUGUACAGAUGCAAAGAUGGAUACAAACUCGAAGGCCCCAAUGUAACAGAAUGCAGCUUUGGAAGAUGGACUGGUGAAACACCCAGCUGCAACGAAACAUAUUGCCCUUUCCCUGGAACCCUCGUCAAUGGCCGCAUCUUGCUCGUUGGGCAUAUGGGCAUGUACGACUACAGGCCAUAUGUACGCAAAAUAACUAACAAUCGUCAAAUUAUGUACGAAUGUGAUCGACACUAUACGCUUGGGGAAGGUCCACCAGGUGCCACUUGUGUCGAUGGACGCUGGAGCCCUGAAGAGAAACCAAAAUGCGUGAGAGGUUCUCAUCCUCAGGUGAGGUGGGACAGAUCCGUCAGGGAAAAGAGGGAAGUGGCCAUUCGAAGACAGCGAAGGUUGGAUAUAACAAAGACGAAGUGGAAGAAGAGAGGGAAGAGGAAACAAAAAAGCCUCUGCAAAGCAGUGGAGGAAACACCGUGGAUGGAGGUGAAGGUUUUGAGAAAAGGUCGCGGAUCAAAUGCCUUAGCUUCCAGAGGGGCUGUCAUCCAAGUGACUUGUGGAGGAGGCUAUUCUCUCAACAUCGGCAACAGGACUGCGAGGUGCAUUGCAGGAAGAUGGAAGCCUAGAAAACCAGAAUGUGUCACGACGCCUUGUAAAGUUCCCUAUACACAAAAUGGCAUCUACCACCAUUUUGAUCAAGAAGUGACAACCAAAAAUUAUAUUGAACAUACCGAAGUAAUAAAUCUUUCUUGUGAAGAUGGAUUCCAGUUAAUGGGUCCCGAGGCUAUCCGAUGUUGGUAUGGAGAAUGGGCGGUGAACAAGAUGCCUAAAUGCCUGCCUGGUCUCUGCGAGCUUCAAGAUAUAGCCCAUGGUUCUUACCUUGACGGUUAUAGGACCGGACUCACCAUAUCCCAUGGGUCUUCGAUACGAUACUCCUGUGAUCACGACUUCGCGAAAGCAGUGCCUGAUCCUGUACAGUGCCUGGAAGGAAAACUACGGCCUGACAUUCCAAAAUGCAUGGCUGUUGGUUCCAGGAAGAAAGGCUAUGUUUAUGCUCCAGAAAACAUGGUGAUGUCACGAACAGGCACUAUGUCACCUGACACAUUAGACACUGCCAAUUUUGGCAAUCUCUGUACUCUUCCCGAGAGAUUGCAUAAUACUCUUUUGUACCGUGGCAGCACUUUCGUGGAACCCACAAACUCUGCCGGUAUUUUGGCAACCGCAAGCUUUCGCAGACAGAAGCUGCCAUCUGGCGGGGCAAAUCGUUACUUUCCCAAUGGAACGGAAGUGCUGUUCAAAUGCCUUUCUGCAUAUAGUGGAAAAAAGACGACAUGGAAAAUUGUCUGCCAAGAUGGAGUUUGGGUCGGAAGGCCACAUAACUGCGAUACUCGGAUUCAUCCGCCGCCAAAUGACCACAACCGCAACAAGAGUUGCAUUUUUCGGAGACCCAACCCAGAUGUUGUGGCUUUCGUGAAUGAUAAAAAGCUAAAUGUUGACAUAUCAAAAUUCCCGCCCGGCACAGAAGUUGUCUACAGAUGCAGCGAUAUCGGCAAAUAUAGCUUCGAAGGGAGCAUCCGACGACGUUGUAUGGGAGGACAAUGGACAGGUUCAGAACCCAUUUGUUUGGGUUUGUCACAAGAAUAUGACUAUGCCCUAGAAAAAGCACCGACAAUUCUAUUUCGACACCAGAUCGGCCAAAUUGCUCAAAGUAACGAUGGAAAACUCAUAGUCUAUCCUGGGACAGUUCUUCAUUUGGAAUGCCUAUGGAUCAGGAAGUACGGAACACCACACUGGGAAGUUAGUCACAAAAACAGAAAGUAUCCAGAAGGUUGGACGAAUGAGCCAGGAAGGGAUUCCCAGCUAGAAUACAGACUAUCAAUCUACCAUGCAAAAACAGAAGAUUCAGGUCUCUUCACAUGCGUUACGCCCAUGGGGCAUCAGCAUGCAGUGGAGAUCGUCGUGUCAGCUGUGCACUGUAAACCUAUACCUGAAGUAGGCGGCCUAAUACUGAGCACGAGUGUUACGAAAAUGAAUGUGAAAGUAGUGUUCUCGUGUGAACCAGGCCGCAAGUUGAACGGCUUCGAACAAGCAACUUGUUUGCCUUCGGGACAGUGGUCUGCAAAGCCACCAGUUUGCCAAAAAGUACCAUUGUGUCCUUAUCCUGGUACGAGCAAAGGCGCCACUAUUUCGAAUGUGAAGUUCUACUACGAAAUUUCCGAAACCAUUGUUUUUGGUUGCAAAGAUGGCUAUAAAAUUCAAGGUCGAAAUGUUCUGCAGUGCCUGGAUGAGGGUAGAUGGUCGGGUACAGUUCCAACCUGUCAUCUGGUCAAAAAGGGUUAAAAGAGAUGUCAUAUUGUCAGUGUGUAAAGAACACUUCGUAAGCCUUUUAUCUGUGAACUGAUGAGAAUAGACAGAGUGAUAAAACACAGAUCACUUUUAUAAAGCAAAUGAGACCAAGAAUUUGAGAUCUCGAAAGCAGCCCCAAGAAAAUCUGCUUAAAAUGUCAAGUGGCGUUUUAAAUGAAUAUUUAAUUUUGAAUGUUUUAAGUUUUAACAUAUCUAAGAAGCUGUAUUUUAAUUAUAUCGGAAAUAGUAAAGCAAUACCUUAAUUUAUUUCAUGUCUUCUACGCAUUAAAUAAUGUGCUUGGGACAGUAUAAAUAUAGCAGUUUUCUAAGAGUUAUGUUCUUAGCAUUUUUCUUUUCUGUGGUAUAAAAUGGAAAACAUUUUUAUCGUUUUUUACACCUUGAAUAAAAACGGAUAAUUUACUAACGAAAAACGCAUACAUACAUAAUUUAUCAGUAUUGUAUAAUUAAAUAAAAGGGUAGAUGAUAGGAUCAUGCGAACUCUCGUUAUAAAACCAAAAUUAAUAGUAAUAGUAAUACGUAUUUGCCAAAAAUUUAACUUCACAAAAAGCUUUUAGCAUGUAUUUACCAAAGAAAACUAGCUGUUAAACUACGAGCAUAAAGCAGAAGCGUGUAACUGGACAAGCAAAAUAUACAUAGUGUAACCAUAAAAUCGAACACUUAGUGACAGAAGGAGAAUUGUUGAAACAGUUUUGCUGAGUAUAGUUCAUUUAAAUCUCUGUGAGAUACUGCAUAAAACUGAAACUUUGGCUUUUUUUCCGUGUUCAUGAUCACUGUUUGUCGCCAUUGUGACGUGUAUAUGAUAAGUAGGACACUGGAAAUGGAAAUUUUUAAUUGGAAGACAUGUAAAUGGAAAUUUUUAUUGGAAAUGGAAAUUUUUAUUGGAAGACAUGCAGUUGGUUACAUCACCCUUGGUCAUACAGAAAAGGAGAUCGCGUUGGAGGAGUCCAGCUCUACAUAAUUAAGAGUAACAUUAUCCACAAAAUUUUGCACAGUGUCCAUGAAGAACUAACUUUAUUUUUUUUCAGUACUACAGAAAUAUGUAUCGAUAAAUAGAGGAAUUUAUGGCCCUUCCUUUCAGAAUCAACUCCUUCCUAGGACAGCUGCCAUUCUUUGACCAAAAAAUUACUGAGAUUUCUCUUAACGAAGCUAGGUUUAUGAUGGUAGUGAAUUGCUAAUUUUGAAUUUAAAGCAGUUUUAUUAUAUACUUGGUCCACAAGCCUCGUUAACUAGAAAACAAUGUUCCCUAAUUGUAGAUCUUGUAUUAUGUAAAUUACAUUUUCAUGCAAAUCCUUUUAUUUCACUUACAUCGGAACGUGUUAUUCUUAUUCCACUUAUGGAAUAUAUGUUGCCACUACAGUUUGCAUGUUUGAUACUAAGUCCUAUUAGCAGUGAUUCAUCUACACUGCUUCUGAUUUUACAAGAAAUGCGGUUUGAUAAAACGUAUUCUCUCGAUUUUAUCUCAUUUACUUCAUAAAUGUAAAUCAGUCUUUCCUAAAGAUACAAAUAAUUCUGCAUGCUUGUUUUUGGAGCCAAUUGUAAAACGUGUUUAGUUAAGGCAUUACUUAAAUUUAAUACAGGCGCAUCAUCUAGUAGAUGAAGUACUUCAUCUUAAAUAGCAUGUUUGAUGCAUAGUAAUUAAAACCUGUGGUGAUGACAUUGCGGAUUUAAAUUAAAGCAUUAUAUCUUAGUUUAAGUAUCCUACUCUAUGCUGCUCUUUUUUGCUCGAUCAUGAAUAAAAAUUAAAUUCCUGCUUACAGAUGUAAGACAUUCAUGGAUGUUGUGCAGAAAGCUGUUGUGAAGUGUAAGAACAAUGGAUACAGCAGAUUGUUGAAACAGUGCUCAAUGGUGUUAUUCGGACGCACAUCCAACACAGUGAAUAAUGACAGACAAUCUAUAUUAGUUUCAUUUAGUACUAGGUAUUCAAUAAACAGGCAGAAUGCCUUAAUUCUUCCACAUAAUGCUAAAAAAACUAUUUGAAUAUUUUACUCUUCUGUCAGCUAGAUACUGAUGUGGACUGUUCAGAAUGCAUUGUUUUAAAGAAUAACUCCAAAGCAUUUCAUUUCCUUAAUUAUAUGUACGUUAGGUGAACUAAAUUUGAAGAUGAUAUGAGCUUCAUUUUGUUUAGAUUUGUCCAUGAUUAUAGCUUAAGUUUCGUUUUACACUAGAAGGUCGUUUACGGUCUGCUGAUAAUUGGUAGACCGGAAUAACUUCGAAUAAAGCUUGUAGCAAUCUCGAGAGCAAAUCAACUCUCGCAAAUUCGAAAAACUCUGAAUUCUUGAACCCAGCACACAGGAGUUCUUUUGCGCUUAGAGAAUUCGACUCGCAUUAAAUAAAUAGACCCGAGAUCGAAUCCCAGGGUCAUUAAUUCAAGGCAUGCGAAACUCGUGCACUGCAGCACUUUUCACUGCUGCUAAUAGAUGGCGACACGAGUAAGCAGUUACAUAUCUGAAGGCCCCGAGAUCCACGUGAUCGCUACAAGCUUUAUAAAUGCAGUAAUGACCACGAUUGCAUAGCCUUUGAACAGCGUUUUUCCAAUAACAAUGAUCAAUGUUAUGUUCCUGAACUUUUAUAUAAUAACGCAGCUAACAUUCAGUUUUACAGAAAAAUUUUAGCAAGGAUUGAAAGGCAAUGAUUUUUUUAAAUUCAUGUUAAGUUGCAUUUAUGUUUCCAUAAUAUUGGCAUUCGGUUGUUACGAAAAAAAUUUUAUCGAAUUAUGGGUUUGUGCAUAGUGUUUAAUAUAAAUAAUGUGAAUGUACCUCUAAGGAUUUGAAGCUAUAAAAGUUACACUACAUCGAAUUGAUAGCUGAUAGCAAGCGAAAACGCCAGUUCUUGACCUUGUAGUCAACAGGUAAACAGAUUACGAAUACGGAUUGCUGAGUUCAAAGAAGUAAAUUUCAAUGAAAUCUAUAAAUUUACCAGAGCAAGUCUAACGAUAUCAUAGGCCACACUAUAGGAAACAUUUUGAUUACUCCACCUUUAUCUAUGGCUUCACCAUUACUCCACCUUUACCUAUGGCCGUAAUAAAACACUUGUCGAAUUAAAAGGAUGAAAACUUUUGAUAAUUGUGUUUAGAAAGUUCCUGACGCACAAGUUUGUUUAAUCGCCUUCUUUACUGCAGUAAUAUACAUCCUGUGACUGAAACUGUGGUUCCUUUCCAUGACAUAUGUCUGAUAUGGUCAUAAACCAGAACAGUUACACAUCAAGUAUGAAAAAUUGCAAUUGGUGUAAACAUAUAAGAGGUCGCAGCAAAGGUAGAUCGACUUAAAAUGUUUCAAAAUCUUUAUAUUAUUAAACGAAUAUAAUAAACUAGUGAGUAAGGAACGAUAUACAACUGCAUUAUUAACAGUAAAUACCCAUAUUAUAUCAUAUCAGGUAUUUUGAACUUAAAGCAUAUCAAACAUUGUCAUGUAUUUUAGAACGAAGGUAACUGAAACAAAACAUUGUAAUCCUGAGCCUUAAGGUAGGGAUCAACUGCUUGUGUUUGUAAUGUUCAACAAAGAAAGUUCUGAAAUCACUCACUUCUAUGUGAAAAUUAUAGAUUUAUGAUAAAUUUGCUUUAAUAUUUCGAGUAGUUAUAUAACUGAUGUAAGGAUUACAAUAGCUUACUUCGAAAUAUUGUCUUUCAUAAAAGAUAACUUUGUUAAUAAUAAAAUAAACUGUUCUUUCAACAUUUGUGUAUCAGAUUGAUAAUUUUUAAUAUUUCAGUUUCUCUUCCAGUGAUAAUGGCCAUUUACUAGUUUCUAAAGCGUAGUAUGCAAGAUAAUUAAUUAUUAUUACCAUAAAUAUUCGAAAUCCGUUAUUAUGUGCAAUAAGUAGCAAAAUAAAGUUUUUAUGAACUUUCGUAAGCUGAAAUUCUUAUUUGUAAAACCUAGAAAAUACUUAUGUUCUUUGUAAAUUGCUGAAUCCCAAGCUUACCUCAUGCGGCAUUUUGAACUGUUUUAAAUCUUAUGUUUUAUAUUCACAUAAGUUGAGUAAACAUUAUUUUUUAUAUAUAAACACUGAAAAAUAGACGAAUUCAUAUUUUCUGUAGGCAAUUUUUUAAAGAUAUUGACUUUUCCUAAAUUAUAAAUAGGAAUGCGAAAUUACUAAUAGCCACCCUUUCCACACUAAAUUUCACUCAUUCAGACAUUAGCAUUCUAACAGUUUUCGAGUUCAUGGUUUUACGCACAAAAGUCACGUUUGGUUUUAUAUAUAAAAUUUAUAAUGAAACAGAAAUAUUAAUGCUCAUGUAAGCACAGACAUUUUUCUGGAAACCUUUCCUGAGAUGGAGUUAUUUUUUGGAACUAUGGAGAAUAAAAUACAUCAAAAGAUGUUAGCUUGAGAUAACAA